GAGGCUGACAUCUGGGUCUCUGAACGCCUUGAUGAGAUGCAUUCCCGUGGCCUCUGCUGCUGACCAGGGGCCUUCCAUGGGUGGCUUCCACCCCGCAGGGGGCCUGGAGAGCACUGAUGAUGAUGGCUAGCCCCCCAAAGCUGACCGGAGAAACGCUGAUUGUCCAUCACAUUCCCUUGGUGCAUUGCCAGGUCCCGGACAGGCAGUGCUGUGGCACCAGCAAGAGGACCAACCCUUUCUGCCCAUCCGACGUGGGGCUCGCGCGGACCGGCUCCCUCCCUGAGCGGGACCUCUUGCAGACGGACUCGUUGCUCUACAGCAGCUUGCUUCAGGCUCCGAACGUGGACCUGGCCCCGGUGGAGACGCCAGAGCACAAAGAGGGCAAGCCUCGCGACCCGGCUGCCCCCGGAGCCAACAAGCGGCAGAAUCCAUUCCUGCAGAGCGACGGCGAGGCCCAGGACCUCUGCGCCGAGGACCUGGCCCAGGCCUCCUUCCGCCUGCACAAUGGCAAGCCGGCCUUCCAGCUGCGCGAGUUGACCCUGCCCCCUUUCCGCCUGCACGACACCCACUCGGUGGUGAAGCCAUGGAGCGCCAGCAGCCGCUUGGACGUGGUGGAGGGCCAAGAAGACGAGCUGGCCGAGGACGACGUGCGGAAGAGGAGCCGCCUGGCGCCGGAAUGCAUGGAGCUGGACGAGUACAGCUGCCACCGCGGGGACCCGGCCAGCCUCUCCUUUGAGCAGGAGUGGGCCAGCGACGCCGACGACCUCGUCCACAACCCGGAGGGCCCCCGCAGCCGGACCUGCAGCUGCUCCAGCUCGGAGCUGCAGCGCUGCCGCUGCUACAGCCUCUCGAGCCAGUCGGAGCCUCUGGACCAGCAGAUGGGCUACAUCAGCGACUCCUCCUGCAACAGCUCCGAUGGGGUCCUGGUGAACUUCAGCGCCCUCUACAACAAGAUGAACGGCCACCCGCACCCCAACCUGAACUCGGGCAACCUGUCCUGCGACUCCUCCUCCGGCAGCCACUCGGACACGGGGGCCUUUUACCUCGACUUGCACUCGUCGCCGAGGGAGUCCGAGAUGCCCUGCAAGUCGCACCUGCCGGAGGGCUCCGGGAAAGCCUGCGGCUGCCUCCACCCGCCCUCCCCCGUCUUGGACGCCAACUGCAACUCGUACCCGCCGCUCUGCGACCCAUGCGCCUCGGAGGGCUCCGACCUCACCGCCUGCUUCCAAAGCCAGGCGCGGCUCGUGGUGGCCACUCAGAACUACUACAAACUGGUCACGUGCGACUUGUCUUCCCAGUCUUCUCCCAGCCCGGCUGGCUCUUCCAUCACCAGCUGCUCCGAGGAGCACACCAAAGGCAGCCCCGUCCAGCCCACGGAGUACUACCUGUUCCAGAGGCCGGAGGCCCAGCAGCCGGAGAGCGAGGCGGACUGCUCCAGGGAGGAGUCGCGGCCGGGGGAGGCCGAGAGGAACGCCAUCGAAGGCCAGGUCUACGUCAACAUCUCGCCUCCCACCCUGGCCGGGGGCAGGCCGCGCUCCCGCAGCUACGACCGCAGCCUGGACCACAGUCCCACCGGCCGCCUGGGCGCGCUGGAACGCAUGAUGAGCUGCCCGGUCAAGCUGAGUCACCCCGAGCUCAUCCAGAGCUCCCCGCCCAAGCGGGUCACGUCCUUCGCAGAGCUGGCCAAAGGCCGGAAGAAGAACGGCUCCUCCCCGCCGCUUCGGACCAGCCGGGACUCGUCCCUGGAGUUCUCCCCUAUCCCGGAGUACCAGCAGGACGGCUCCGUCUUCCGCGAAGACCGGGGGCCGUACAGCCAGAGCCUCCCGCCCAUGCCCCUGCGACACUCCCUCAACCGCAGCUGUGAGAGCUACCACCGGGCCGAGUGGGGACUUAGCGCCUGCCGCAAGGACGCGGGCGCCAGGGAGAGGCCUGCCUGUGGGCCAGAGACGGCUGCCGCGCAACCCUUCUUCUCUGAGUUGACGGAAGCGGGGGCCAACGCUGCCAGCAGCCAUGGCCAGAAGGACAUUCGAGCCCGUGCUGAUGGCGGUGCAGCAGACAGCAAGGGCGUCGUGCGCUACAGCAAGGACCAGCGGCCGACCACGCUGCCCAUCCAGCCCUUCGUGUUCCAGCACCACUUCCCCAAGCAGCCCAGCAAGGCCCGGGCGCUGCACAGCCAUUUUGCCUCCAGCCUGUCGCAGCUCUACAGCCUCUCCGCUGCCGCCGCCGCCUCCGCCAACCGGCCUGCCAGCCAGCAGCUCUCCUCCGCCUCCCAGUCCUCGGCCUCCGCCACCUCGGCCGACCAGCCCAUGGCGGUGGGCGCCCUGGUGCACAGCCAGCGUUCCGCGGACGGCGCUGCCUCCCUCGCCGACGGCUACGCCAAGAAGCCCGUCCCGGAGACCACCCGCCCGUCCCCGCUGGGUAGCUAUUCUCCCGUGCGGAGCAACGUGCCUUUCUUCCAGAGCGUGGACUCUUCCUGCCUCUCGCCGACGCCAGGCAGCCAGCCCCCCCGCAGCCGCUCCUGCCCCAUCUCUGCCGGCCUCCUGCCGACCGCCAGGCCUUCCCCAGCCACGGGCAGCCAGGCCCCCGGUGCCAGCGCCGCCGGCAGCAGCCUCCGCAAGGCCAAGGGGAGCCCCAGGCUGCUGUCCAAGGAGGAGGAGGAGGAGGCCACGCCGCCAGAACCGAGCGUGCUGCUCGUGGAGUACGAGCUCCAGGGCAGCUCCUCCCCGCCCGUGGCCGGCGCAGGGGGCCACGCCGAGCCCCAGUGGAAGGCCGGCUGCAGUGAGGCCGCCAACGUGGGCUCCUUGGGCACCGUCGUCACCCGGCCCCUCAAUGCCAACCACCUGUCUCCGCAAGCGCUCAAGUGGCGGGAGUAUCGGCGAAGAAACCCGCUGGGGCUGGACCGCGCCCCGGGGCCGGCGGGUCUGGCGGGCAGCCUGGACUGGAAGCAGCAGCAGCAGCAGCAGCACGAGAGCCGGCUGCCCUGGAGGAACCCCGCCUGCGAGUUCCCUGCAGCCCUGAAUGCGGGCCGCUCCAACGGCCGACUCAACGGGCAGUCAAUGAAACAUCCGCAGCUCAACUACUCCGACUUCUUCCCAGACUAUUUCUCCUUGGCAGAAAAACCACCUGCUGAAUUCUGCCUCUCGCCAGAUGGCAACACAGAGUCCAUCUCCAUUGAUCUGUUGCAGAAGAAGGGUCUGGUCAAGGCAAUCAACAUGGCCGUGGAUCUGAUUGUGGCGCAUUUCGGGAGCAGCAGAGACCUCGGGGUGAAGGCCAAGCUGGGGAACAGCUCCGUGAGCCCCAACGUGGGGCAUCUGAUCCUGAAGUACUUGUGCCCGGCCCUCCGUGACGUCCUGAGCGAUGGGCUCAAGGCCUACGUGCUGGAUGUCAUCAUCGGCCAAAGGCGGAACAUCCCCUGGAGCGUUGUGGAGGCCUCCACCCAGCUGGGACCCUCCACCAAAGUCCUGCACGGCCUCUACAGCCGAGUCAGCCAGUCCCCGGAGCUCUGCACCCACGCCAUGCGCUUCAACGCCUUCAUCUUCGGCCUUCUGAACAUCCGUUCCCUGGAGUUCUGGUUUAACCACCUCUACAACCAUGAAGACAUCGUCCAGAUGCACUACCAGCCGGUGGGCUUCCUGCCGCUGUCCCACGGGGUCUGCCGGGGCCUCUUCGAGGAGGUGCUGCUCCUGCUGCAGCCGCUCUCGCUGCUGCCCUUCAGCCUGGACCUCCUCUUCGAGCACCGCCUGCUGCAGAUGGGCAAAGAGCAGCAGCAGCGCAAGGAGCUGCUCCGCGUCAAGCAGGGCCUGGUGCUCUCGGCGCACUCCACCCUGCAGCUGAUGAGGACCCGCGGGAGCAGCCCCGAGAGGAGCGGCGCCGGCAGCUGGGGCCUGGCGGAGCAGCAGCAGCAGCAGCCCGGGCCAGGAGGCUGCGGGGCCCCCGCGGAGAAGGCGCCGCCGCCGCCGCCGCCACCCAGACUCAAGGGGGUGGGCGCCCCCUCUGGAGGCCCUGAGGGAGGGGGGGAGGCGGAGCGGCGGAGGGCCCGGGAGGGCGUCGCGGAGCGGAAGAAGGACAAGCAGGCCAGCUGGUGGUACCAGCUCAUGCAGAGCUCCCAGGUCUACAUUGAGGGCUCCGCCGAGGGCGCGCGUGCAUCCGCUACGAGCGCAAGAAGAAGGCGGGGGGCGGGCGGCCGGCCAGCGGAGCCCGAGAAGGGGCCUCCCCCACGGGAGGGAGUGGUGGAAGGGGCCGAGGCUUGCCCCAUCACCGAAGUGCCCCUCCGAGACAGGCCCCCGGCAGCGGCAACGGAGCCCCCACGGAAGCCCCAGCCCGCAGCCCGGGAGGACCCUGCGAAGGAGGGGAGCCGGCCCUCCUGGAUGGGCAGCCCCCCGGACUGUGUGGUCACGGAGCUGAAACGCACCCAGGCGAAGGAGAGCGGGCCAGGCCCGAGGCAGCAGGGCCCGGAGGGGGGCAGCGCCGGCGGCCAGCCCAAGUGGGGGCACCUCUUCGGCUCUCGGAAGGUGCCCAAGGAGCCCAAGCAGGCCAGCAGGCUGCCGUCCGGGUGGCUGAGCUUGGAUCGCUCCGUGUUCCAGCUGAUGGCCCAGACGGUGGGGGCCGGCGUGUGGCGAGGGGCUGCCUCGGAGCCCGAGGGGCUGCCUGCGGAUCUCUCCCCUUCACGCUCCACAAGGCCAGCAGGGCAGCCGGAGAGGAGCGCGUCCCCUGAGACACCGUGCGGGGUGAAGGCCCUCUGCCACCACAUCGCCACCGAGUCCGGGCAGCUGAGCUUCAAGAAGGGCGACGUCCUGCGCGUGCUGGGCAAGGUGGACGCCGACUGGCUGCGGUGCAGCCGAGGAGCCGAGAGCGGGCUGGUGCCCAUCAUGUACGUCACCCACGUGGAGGACGAGGACUAUUGACGGGACGCACGGCCAGGCGCAGAGGCCCACGGAGUGUGACAGGCCAGCCGGCCAGGCCGUGGCGGACGCGGCUGCUCUCCUCCCGUUCAGGAAACUCAGCCGCUGCAGCCGCCCUCCUCCUCCUCCUCGUCCUCGUCCUCCUCCUCCCUGCGGUCGGGGAUCUCAUGUUGCCAAGCAUCACCACGCAUGCUCCUGCUCCUGGCUCUGCCGGGGAACGCCUCGUGCUCUCCUCCUCCUCCUCCUCCUCCACUCUUGCCUGCCGUUCAUCCAGCAGAGACUCGAGGCUGCUGGGACUAGCUAACGCAGUGUGGGCAGGAUGUGGCUGGCCUCACUAAGUAUGGCGGUUAAACUACAGCCCCCAGCAUGCAUCGCUUCUCUUCCAUCUCAGUGUGCCGGCGGGGGAGGGGGGGCUCCCCUCCUCUGCAGGCUGCCCCUCGUGGCUGCAGGCAGGAUUUCAGGAAGCCCCUGCCCGAGACCCUCUAGGACUGUGUGCUAACGUUGAUAUAUAGGUAGGUAGAUAUAUAAACCCUGCAAUGCAUCUAGUGACCCGCCACACCGCAGGGGCCCACGUGCAGCCAGCGUGAGCAGAACCACUUUGAGGGCUAGCUGGGGGA